GCCCAGGCGCUGAGGGGCGGGGCCAGACCCCGGGCCCGCCUCCACGAGCUCGCGGGAGCCUCGGAGCGCUGGGCACCCCGACUGUUUUAGGGGCUUCAGAGGCGCCGCCCGAGAGACCCUGGGCGGGCGCCGGGCGCAGCCGCCUCUCCGCGUUUGCCUGUGCGUCUUUGUGUCUGUCUGUGUCUGUCAGGCUGUCCCCGAGCUUGGCUCCACUUCUAGAACCAAGCUUCCGGCAGAGCGACAACCCGCGGACCUCAUCCCUUCCCUAUGGCAGCCUCGAGGUCCCCCAAGGGCUAAGGGGCAAGAGGAGGAGGUCGCAAGUCUCUCUAAUGGACCCCUGCCCCCCUACAGGAUACUUGCCCCCCGCAGGCUACGCCCCUUCGCCCCCUCCUCCCUACCCGGUGACCGCUGGGUACCCGGAGCAGGUGCAGCAUCCCGGGCCUGGACCGGCGCCGGUGCCCGCCCACGUGCCUGUCCCCGCGCCCGGCUUCGCUCUCUUCCCCUCGCCCGGCCCCAGUGCCCUGGGCCCUGCGGCCGGGCCAGCCGCCCCUCUCUUGCCGCUGCCCGGGGUGCCUUCUGGCCUCGAAUUCUUGGUGCCGAUUGACCAGAUCCUGGUUCACCAGAGGGCUGGGCGCGUGGAAACGCGCCUAGGCUGGGAGACAAGUAACCGGUAUGAACUGCGCUCGGGGGCUGGGCAGCCCCUGGGUCAGGCGGCCGAGGAAAGCAACUGCUGUGCCCGUCUGUGCUGCGGCGCCCGCCGGCCCCUUCGUGUCCGUCUGGUGGACCCCGGGGACCGAGAAGUGCUGCGCCUGCUCCGCCCCCUCCACUGUGGCUGCAGCUGCUGCCCGUGUGGCCUCCAGGAGAUGGAAGUGCAGUCGCCACCAGGCACCACCAUUGGCCAUGUGCUGCAGACCUGGCAUCCCUUCCUCCCCAAGUUCUCCAUUCAGGACGCCGACCGCCACACCAUCCUGCGAGUGGUGGGGCCCUGCUGGACCUGCGGCUGUGGCUCCGACACCAACUUUGAGGUGAAGACCCCCGAUGAGUCCCGCAGUGUGGGCCGCAUCAGCAAGCAGUGGGGCGGGCUGCUCCAGGAAGCCCUCACAGACGCGGACGACUUUGGCCUGCAGUUCCCGCUGGAUCUGGAUGUGAGAGUGAAGGCCGUGCUGCUGGGAGCCACGUUCCUCAUUUCCCCUCCCCUCAGGACUACAUGUUCUUCGAGAAGCGAGGAGGCACUGGGCCCUCUGCCAUCACCAGUUAGACGGCAUCUCAGGGUGAGGACCAUCACCUCAGCCAGAACUCAAGAUGGUCACCUGGCCUGGCCCGGCCCCUCUUCAGAGGCAGCCCCUUUCCUCCAUGUUUACUGCAGCGGACAGACAGGGAUGCCUAAGAGGCUGGGGCCAUGGUGCCCCAUCCCUACCCUACUCCCCUGGCCUCCUUCACCUGUGGCCCCCACAGAAGGGUAUGUAUGAGAGCCCUUCCCCUGCUACCUCUCACCGCUGUCUCCGGCCAUCCCUCAGCACACAGGCGUAUCGGCUUUCAGACUUGCCCUACUCACUUCCUCUCACCCCCUUCCAGGGCCUCUGCUCUGCUCUGCUCUGGAUGGGGCCUUGGGAAUCCAGAGCCCUGGGGUUUUACAACAGAGCUGGGGUGGGGAAGGGUAAACCGCACCAAAGAUGGCUGAUAUGCCACCCACCUCUGCCUCAGCUUGACCAAUUAGUUCAGCCUCAGAACGUGGCACUCAGAGGGGAUCCCUACUUCCCCAGCAACGGCUCUAGGGCCUCGGCCCAGUGCCAACGUCCUCUCCCCCUGGGCCCUCCCCACAGCUGGUGCUUGCUGCAGCUCCGUGUGCCUUAACCAACCACCCCUUCCUUCCCUGUUCCUAUAAAGGAGGCUGCAUCUUUGUAUGUUAUAUUCAUAUAAACUUUGUAACGUUUUGGA